AUGUUUGGCGCAUUCAAACCUACGGCACCCUUAUCUGGUGGUUUGUUAUGGUAUUAUGUGCUCUAGCUCGCAAAAGCAGCGGCAUGAUGCUGACGAUUUUUCAGGAAAAUCCCCUGGCGACUCUCUUCACCACAAAAACUGCGCCAUCGCCGUCGAAUGCGCCGCGUCGAUAACGUCGUCACCGUCCUCAAUUCCGCAUUGCACCGACACGUAAAGAGCGGGAGAAGCAAGACAUGGCAGGAGAAACAGGCAGAAUCUUUACCAAAAGUGCAGAAUCAGGAGGGAACCAGAGGGGAAGCCACAUCGGAAGACCUAUCACAAACAGCAGAGGGACUUCGCAUGUUGGCGCGAGAUUCAGACGCGCAAUCGAAUCUCUCAGCGCGACGGCAUGGGAAAGGACCCAAGGAAGGAGAAUUCCUCCCAGCGCAGACAUCGCCGCCCUCUUCUGCGCCUCAUCACACAUCGAAAUUGCUUUCCCAGGAAGCGGCGGAGAGGAAGACUAUAAAAUUGAUCGAGAGAUGGAGGGCAGAAAUGCCGACGGAGCAGGAGAUGUUGCCGAAGGACAAGUACAGUAUGUUUGACAAGAAGGUGAGAGGGUACAGGAAGGGAGUGCACAAGUUACCCAAGUGGACAAGAGUCAGUCAGAGAUUGAAUCCGCCGGGUUUCUAA